AUGGUAAAGAAACACCAAAAUAGUAAAAUGGGUAAUACAAAUCACUUUGGACAUCUCAAAAGUUUUGUGGGAGGUAACGUGGUUGCCCUUGGUGCUGGAACACCUUAUCUUUUCUCAUUUUAUGCUCCUCAGCUACUGAGCAAGUGCCACAUACCUGUUUCUGCCUCAAGUAAGCUAUCCUUCUCUUUAACAAUAGGAAGCUCACUGAUGGGAAUUUUAGCAGGAAUAGUUGUCGAUCGAAGUCCUAAACUGUCCUGUCUAAUUGGUUCAAUGUGUGUUUUCAUCGCGUAUUUGAUUUUGAAUUUAUGCUAUAAGCACGAAUGGUCUAGUACUUUUCUCAUAUCGUUAAGUUUGGUACUCAUUGGAUAUGGUUCUGUCUCAGGUUUUUACGCUUCUGUGAAAUGUGCAAAUACAAAUUUUCCUCAACACAGGGGUACAGCUGGGGCAUUUCCUGUGUCCCUAUACGGUUUAUCGGGCAUGGUGUUCUCAUAUCUUUGCUCAAAGCUUUUUGGUGAGAACAUCGAGCAUGUCUUCAUUUUCUUGAUGGUUGCGUGUGGUUGCAUGAUUUUAGUAGGCUAUUUCUCAUUAGAUAUAUUCUCUAAUGCAGAAGGAGAUGAUGCUAGCAUUAAGGAAUGGGAGCUUCAAAAAAGCAGGGAAACAGACGAUAAUAUAGUACCGUUAUAUGAGAACAGUAAUGACUAUAUAGGUUCACCUGUGCGUUCAUCAUCCCCUGCUACCUAUGAAACUUAUGCAUUGUCAGACAAUUUUCAGGAAACGUCAGAAUUUUUUGCACUUGAGGAUAGACAGUUAUCAAAUCGACCAUUGUUAUCACCUUCUUCCCCACACACAAAGUAUGAUUUCGAGGAUGAGAAUACCAGCAAAAAUACAGUGGGCGAGAAUAGCGCACAGAAAAGUAUGAGAUUACAUGUAUUCCAAAGCUUAAAAUCUUCAACAUUUAUUGGUUACUACAUAGUAUUGGGUAUACUACAAGGCGUGGGUUUAAUGUACAUAUAUUCUGUGGGGUUUAUGGUACAAGCCCAGGUUUCUACUCCACCCUUAAAUCAAUUACCAAUUAAUGCAGAAAAAAUUCAAUCAUUACAAGUAACUCUCCUGUCUCUUCUUUCAUUUUGCGGCAGAUUAUCAUCUGGGCCUAUAUCAGAUUUUUUGGUCAAGAAAUUCAAAGCUCAAAGACUAUGGAAUAUUGUCAUAGCAUCGCUUUUGGUAUUUCUUGCAUCGAAUAAAAUAUCCCAUGACUUCAGCAGCAUUGAAGAUCCUUCUUUAAGAGCCUCCAAAUCAUUCAAGAAUAUUUCGGUAUGCUCAGCGAUCUUCGGUUAUUCUUUUGGCGUUCUAUUUGGUACUUUCCCCUCCAUAGUAGCAGAUAGAUUUGGCACAAAUGGGUAUAGUACGCUGUGGGGUGUUUUAACGACUGGUGGUGUAUUUUCAGUGAGUGUUUUUACCGAUAUAUUAGGUAGAGAUUUCAAGGCAAAUACAGGAGAUGAUGAUGGGAACUGUAAAAAGGGAGUGCUUUGCUACAGCUAUACUUUUAUGGUUACGAAAUAUUGUGCCGCUUUUAAUCUUUUGUUCGUUUUGGGGAUAAUUGGAUAUACGUACUAUCGAAGAAGAGCAACUGCAAAUUCCCUGUAG